AUGCAUAUAUUGUGGAACCCUCUUAUGCCACCACGACCGCGAGAAAAUGAAGAAGUACAGGAGGAGGAAUAGAAGGAGGAGAAAGAAGUUAUAGAGGAAAGAGAAGAGGAAGAGAAGGAGGAGGAAGUGGAUAACGGCGGCGAUAUUUCGGUAGUGGAAUCCGCCAAUAUCUUGGAGAUAGAAGAGACACAAGAAGCUUUGGAGAGGGAGGAAAAAGAAGACGUGAAUGAAACAGAGGAAAAGGAGAAGAAGGAGGAGAAGGAGGAAAGCUAGAUACUACGCUCAUGAUGUUAAAGAUAUUUCAUAUACGCUGGU